AUGGGUUGUUCGUAAGCUAAGGCCAAAUAAUCGAUUUCGCUCAAGCUUAUAUAGUUGAAAUCUGCUUCGAAUCAAGAAAUGAUUCAAUAAAGUCUCUAAUAGGAAAAUAAAAAAUUUAAUGUCACGAAGAAUCCUAUCAUCAAGAGAAGAACGCAAAGGAAAAACAACAUGUCCCAAACUACAGUCUGGGCCUCAACUGUGAUUUCGUGA